CUUAAUUUUGUUUUUCUUUAUUUGUUACAGAAAAAAACUAAGUCUCUCCCUACCAAUUUUCUCAAGGAAAACUUCAGUUUUCAGAUGGAUUCAGGAAAAGAGGAUUCUCAUGGAGAUGUAAGUGGGGAAACAUCCACUUCUCAAUCAUCUCAAUCACGUCGUUCAGCAGAACGUGAUAUCAUUGCUAUCUGUGGUAAACAACAGAAACCUCCUCGGGUUGGAUAUGAGUAUCAGGUUGAAAUUCCUCCUUUCGCUGUGGAAUCUGAACCUCCCCAACUAAUGAAAAGGCUUUCUGAUGAUGGCAUCAUGGUCAAUGUUGUGGAUUCUUUUCUAGAGGCAUUACCUGUCCCGAUUAUGUGGAUUAGUAAUGGCAUUGAUAGGCGACAUGAUGCAAAUGGCUCAUUAGAUUCUACGAAAUCCUCCAGUAAGGAAGAUUCAAAGAUUAAGGUAAAGAGUGAAGAUAAAGUCAGCUUUGCAGCGCCGGGUUGCUUGGAUAGCUGUUGGACUGAUUUGGAGAAAGAGGCUUUUCUCCUUGGCCUCUAUAUAUUUGGCAAAAAUCUUGUUAAUGUGAAGAGAUUUGUUGAGAGUAAACCAAUGGCAGACAUAUUAUCUUUCUAUUAUGGGGAAUUUUAUAGGUCUGCUGCACACCGCAGAUGGUCAGGUUCUUGGAAUAAGGACCGAAGAAGCAGAAGGUGCAUACAAGGACCGAAGAUGUUUAAGACGUGGAGGCAACAGAAAUUUUUGUCGUGUUUGCUUCCUUGCAUUCCUGAAAAAUGGCAUAGCACUUUGGUGGAGGUCUCCAAAAGCUUUGAAGCGGGCAGUGUUUCUCUAGAAGAAUAUGUAUCCAGUUUGAAGGCUAUAGUUGGUCUAGCAAUGCUUGUAGAAGUUUUUGGUAUUGGCAAGGGAAAGCAGGAUCUCACUGGCCUGGUUACAGAUCCUGCACGAAACAAUCAGCAAGCCACUUCUCACCCUGACAUACCUGUUGGCAAGGGAUGGUCUGCUCUUACUCUUGGCGAAAUAGUUGGGUUUUUAACGGGGGACUAUCGCUUAAGCAAAGCGCGGUCAAACGAUCUUUUCUGGGAAGCUGUUUGGCCCCGUUUGCUUGCAAGAGGGUGGCAGUCUAAGAAGCCUAAAAAUCACACUGGCACUAGUUCCAAAAGUCCGUUGGUGUUUAUUGUACCUGGUGUUAAAAAGUUCUCAUUAAGGAAAUUUGUGAAAGGAGACUUGUACUUUGACUCUGAGGCUGAUGUGCUUAAUAAAGUUGCGUCAGAUCCUAGUCUUUUAGAGCUUGAGGAUGAAGCUGGUAAAAGCAACAUAACUAAUCAUGAAAAUAAGUGGGGUCAAAAGAAGACGAAACUUGACAAUAAUGUAGACAUUGAUCAUAAACGCUGCAGUUAUCUUCAACCGCAAUUUGCAGAGAGCAAUUUCGACCUCAUGAAGUUUGCAGUUAUUGAUACUAGUAUGGGGGGUGGAGAAGAUUCAUUUCCGGUCAGAGAGUUGAGAAGUUUGCCUGAUGAAACUACUCAUAUAUCCUCUCCUGAAAGUCUUCCAGUUCACAAUGAAAAUGGUUUUAAAGACCCGGUGAAUGAAAAAGGUGCAGUCAACAUGCCAUUGAAGUACAUAAAAGGUACUAAUACUUCCAGAUCCUCAGAUGGUAUAACUGACAGGGAACCGUGCUCUGAGUCCUUAAAGUUUAUACAUAGUGGUUCAAAGGAAGAGAUGCAAUUUGCGAGUCCAGUUCAGGCCGAGGUAACCUUGCAUGAUGGCAUGGAUCAAAGUACUUGUAAUCCUGACAUGCACUCGAAAAAACCCAUAAAAUUUCACUUCAGCCGGAGGAAGAAGCCUAGCCAAUCAAACUACAUGUCUUCUGUCAUAAAAUGUACGAUAUUAACUACUUGCUCCGAAGUGAAGGCUAUCUGCAGCGAAGACAUCUACUCCAGUACUCAUGGUUUGAAAGAGGGGGAUCGUCAUUUACAUUUAGGCUCAUCUAAUGCAACUGAAAACCUGGUGUCUGCAGUUACGCAAUCUCAAGGGGAAAUAUGUUCUAGUUCUUCGGUUAAAGCCAGUCCAGAUGAGAAUUGCAUUGGUAAUUCUAUCUCUCAAAAUGAAAAGCAUCCACCUCUGGUGGCUAUUGACCUAAACCCACCCCAUGUUCUGUCAGAUCUUGAAACAGAUGACCCAUUCAUCAGAGAGGUGGAUACUACCCAAUAUGAUUCAAGUUCCAAGGACCCUUGUUCCCCCCCUAGUAGUGAUGUGGAUGGUGCUGAGCAACAGCCACCAGUUUUGGUCGCGCGGAGGCAGGGCUCAAGAAAACGACCAUUAACAGCGAAAGCUUUAGAAUCUCUGGUUUGUGGGUUCUUAACCACAAAAAAAAAACCGAGAUAUUCCAUGCAGUCCUAAGUGGAAAUGUUGUUGGGAGUAAGAAGCGGGUUUGUAACUGCAAGAGAAGUUAAGUCCAUAGGAGAAGACAUGGGCUACAGAAAUUAGUAGUAAGAAUGUCGCAUGACAUAACUAGCUUUUGAGUUGCCAUGGAUUUCGUAAAGCUGGCGAUUUCUUGUCUGCAUUUAUCUGUCGUAGGGAGGAUUUUAGAUCCCGCAGCUGGUGGUUAUGGCCGUUCUAAUGUCCAAUUGUGGGAUAGAACGAACACCUUCCUGCAGUUUUGUAAUAUAAUUUUUUGUACGCUUGAACUUGGGAACAAGAAAUGUGGCAGCGGUCGUAUAUGUGUUGGAGCUUUUCCAACGGUGAAGUGGGAUAUUUUAUGUGGCAUUGCCCACGACACAUUCUCUUGAUAUAAAACCUGGCGAUAUUGGGGUAUACCCAGAUUAAUUGGGGUAUAUACCCGUUUUAUUCAUAUCCAAA